AUGGACGCUCGGCCUACUACGGCAGACUCAAAGCAUCAUUAUCCUCCUCACCUACAGCUUUGGAACCGCUCAAUCUCCAGUCCAGCUGUCCCGAAAUUGGCCACAUCAAGUUUGCACACGGCAGCAAUUACCGUCUCCGUGACGAACUGCUGCACGACGCCCUCGCCGCGACCCGACCACCCGCCGUCUGCGUUCCCCACCCACAUUGAUCUGCUUCCCAUUCUCUUUCCCCAGCAAAACUCAUUGUACCACGCUCAACUUCUCCAGUACAACAAACUCAUUGCGCCAGGACGCGGUCGCGGAGGAGGUCUCCAGACAACCCCCUUGCCACCAUUGCUGUCGACUCCGAACGUUCAAGUCGGGCCGCGCUCUCGCUCAACUUCCAAAGUGUCGAACAGGGAUUCAUCACGCGCCAAACCCGGCACGCAAAAUUGCCAUGGGAAUAGAGGCCUGCAGAACCAUCAUACCGGUAAAGGCGAUCGCGCUGGUAUAACGUCAAAGGAUAAGAUGCCCCCGCCGAGGAAAACGGCGGUCGAUCUCACGCACCCCCUCCCAUCUCGACCUGCCGUGGCGUCUUCCACUUCGCCAACCAAUCUCACUGCAGCAGGAGGGCAUUCCAGUUCCGUGCCUUCGACCCCCCACCAACAUCCUCGGAAAUUCACCUACGAGUCGAGAGAACCCUCCCCAAACGCGAUCCAGGGACAUUCCCCACGCUCUGCAUAUUCCGAGACUAAUGGCAAUGUGCCUUCACUCCGGCCGCUGCCGCCCCGACAUGGUGGCUGCCGCUUCGAAACGGCUGUCCAGAAGAUACGGCGGAGAAUCCCCUACAGCAUUGGCGAUGAAAAGCUCGAACGCUCUGAUCUUUCCAAGAUUCAGAGCAGGCUCUCAGAAGACGAUGAGCGAAAGUUGACGACGGAUAUGCGCGAACUCUACGACCGGUUAAAACCGACCGAUGCCGUGGAAGAGAAGCGCCACAAACUGGUACAGAAAUUGGAGAAGUUGUUGAACGAGGCCUGGCCUGGCUGCAGCAUUCGUGUUAAUCUUUUUGGAUCGUCUGGCAAUUUGCUCUGCACGGAUGAUUCUGAUGUGGACAUCUGCAUUGAAACGACUUGGAAAGAACUCGACAAACCGAUUUGCAAGCUUGCCGAGUUGCUAGCAAGUCAUGGCAUGCAAAAGGUAGUCUGUGUCAGUUCCGCCAAGGUGCCAAUCGUGAAAGUUUGGGAUCCUGAGUUGGAGCUGGCUUGCGACAUGAAUGUGAACAACACCCUUGCGUUGGAGAAUACUCGCAUGAUCCGAACGUACAUUGAGAUUGACGAUCGGGUACGACCUCUCGCAAUGAUCAUCAAGCACUGGACGCGUCGUCGGAUGAUCAACGACGCAGCUUUUGGUGGUACUCUCAGCUCAUACACUUGGAUAUGUAUGAUCAUCGCCUUUCUCCAGCUACGGCAGCCACCGGUUGUCCCUUCACUCCAUCAACGACCGCACUUGAAAAAAGGAAAGAGGGAGGCCGACAUCGCACCUUUCGGGGAUGAUCUGGAGAGACUCCGAGGUUUUGGCGAGCCAAACAAGUCUACUGUGGGCGAAUUGUUGUUCGAGUUCUUCCGGUUCUAUGCGCACGAAUUCGAUUACGAUAACAGUGCCGUGUCCGUUCGCCUUGGCAAACUAAUGUCCAAGUCCGAGAGGAAGAGUUGGUUGCUGGCAAUUAACAAUAGGUUGUGCGUGGAGGAACCAUUCAAUACUAUGCGCAACCUGGGUAAUACAGCCGACGACACUUCAUUCCGAGGAAUUCAUCUCGAGCUACGCCGAGCCUUUGAUCUGAUCGCGGCAGGCAAGCUCGAUGAGUGCUGCGAACAAUACGUUUUCCCCAAGGAAGAAGAGAAGCCGAUAUUCCAGAAACCAUCCUCGGCGCCCAGGCCUGCACUCCUCCGCAGUGCUUCCCACACGAACCGACCCAACAAUGGUGGCAAUUCUCGGAGAGGAGGUCGCCAACAAGGUCAAUUUCGUGGCAGCAACAACCACGCGAACAACCGCAGGGCCUCUUCUAGCACAACAUAUGACAACAAUGCCAAUCUUGCCUACUAUCCAAGCUAUCCAUACAUGGGAAACGAUGGUGGCAUGUUCAUGGCUGUUGCUCAAACAUUGUCAGAUUUGCAGUUGCAGGAAAAUCAGUUGCGUUUUCUUCAGUAUACCCAAAACCAAGCACUCGCUCAGCAGCAGCAGGUGCUUACUCACGCACAGAGAAUGCAAGGUAAUGUCUCUCAGCCACAAACAUCGACAGCCCGUUCGAGGACCAACUCCUUCGAUGCACCGCCCCUGACCGCACCGAUCCGUCCUGAUAUGUGGUACUGGCAGCAGUUCCAAGGCCAGCCAUACUAUGCCAGCCCGCCAAGCUUCACGUCAUAUCCGUCAUCACCGUCGACGCAACAAGCUGCGGAACAACGGCGCGGCUCCCAUAGAUCUAGUGCAGCCCAUGAAGCUGGGACUGCAGCUUCGGGAAGUGCUUUACGGUCUCACUCACAGCCUGCCUCUAGAUCCGCCCCUAGCGCUCAGGUUGUCCCCGGACUGCUAGCACAGGCUCCUGUCGUGAAUGGUACUGCAAAUAUCCCUACCAGGCAAAUCAACGGCAGGCCCAUGCCAAGCUUCAUUCCUGACGAAGGUACCGAAGUUGAUCCUGGUUUGGUAGCCAGCCACGUACCACAGGCAGAGGACAAACUUCAAGUGCAACGUGAUUUGUCCACAAGUCCAGCGGGAAAGCCCAACGGUCUGCCUGCUUUUGGGGAUCUUGGGUCUCAGGGAUCUGGCCAGGGCACCCAGGGUCGUCGCCGCCUAUCUUCAGACCAGUUUCCGCAAUCAAUUCUUGACCGGAUCAAGCGGACUUCACGUUCGCCCUCUCCGUUGGGUAACAGGGCCGUGACCACCGGUCCAGGCGCCAACCCCCUGGCAGCUUCUGCUCCUCAGAGUGUGACUCGACCAACACAGGAUGCAAGGCCUCUGGUUGUUAAUGGCUCGGUUUUCAAGUCCUCUGCACCUGUUGCGAGCCACAAAGCUGUUACCGGCGAAAAUAUCAACCCCUCAGACGCAUUGUACGAGAAUCCGCUUAACAUUAACCAGCAGUCAACAGGCGGCACUGGAUACUCUUAUGUCGUGGCAGAUCAGGCUGCCGCAGCCACUAAUGGCGAGCCUCUGGUUGUAGACCGCCCUGUGGUCGUGAACGGUUCAUCUCCGGCUUCAGUAGCACCGUGCCAGGCAAUAGAAGGUAUUCCGAUGGCAUACCAUGGGGUUCCGUUUGCUGCAAGCUCAUCAACCGGAUCCGGCAGCUCACCGCCUAUGCACUACCAGCCUGCUGGCUUCCCACGGACCUUUGUGCCUGGGCAGCCACAAAGCCCUCUCAUGGCGCUCGACUUAGCAACGGAUCGCAUGCAGAUAACUGAUCCACAUCUGUCGCCCAUCACUGAAGUGACUCCAUCCCCAACAGCCAGUCGCAAAUUCGACCUGCCGGCGAGUCUGCCACGGACGCGACCUAGUUUGUCUCAUUCUAGCAAGGAUGCAAGACUCGAACAUAGGCCUAAACAGAAGGCUCCUGCGGAAGUGACGGUAUCGGCGAAACCCGAGUCUUCUUCCUCGGGUUCCAAAGCAAAUGGCCACCAUGUAAGAGAAAAUGGCCACACCAGAGGCGCCAAAAGUGAGAGCGACAACAGCAUCGUCAACGGGUGGCAAAAGAUUUCCAAGGGAAGGAAAAAGGGCGCCGAUGGGAAACCUCGAGGCGACGCCAACUCUCAUAGUGAAAUGCCACCAAAGAAUGAGUCUGAGCGAAAGGGAGGGUGA